GACGCCCUUGUCCAAAUAUUUUUUUAACUUUAUUUUGUUUAUUUAUUAAUUGUUUAUAAAAUUAAUUUAAAAAAUUUGAAUCGGUUAAUUAAAAAACAAAAUUCUCAUUUUAAAAACUUUUGCAAAAAAUUAGAAAAUUAUGUUGAACUAGCAAUAUUGCAGGGAAAAGUUAAACAAAAAAAAAAUAAACAAUUUUUUUUUCUUUUGUUCUCAUUCAUUUGAAUAAUAAGUUAAAUUAGAUGAAAUAAGACCGGAGGCCAUAAGUAGAAAUGUUUACAAAUUUUAUAUUCUUUUGGUUUACAAAACAUACAUACGAGUAUAAGUCAUUUAUGAUGGUAAAUUGAUAAAAAUAUUGGAUAAUACAAAAUUAAUAAUGUGCUAAGGAUUGUAAGCAUUUAAUUAAAAUUAACAAUUUGCGAGAGCAAAUAUUGUCAAGAAUUUCUAUUGAAUAUACUCAAAAACAUAGCUAAGAUUUUGAAAUGCAUGUAUUUCAUGUAUUUACUUACUCAAUUUUAACCUACAUUAUUGUUAACUUAUGUAUACCCUGCUAUUUUAAUAUUAUUUUAUUACUAAUAUCAUUGGAUAAUCAAACAUCUAUAAAAUAGCAACUAAACUACAUACCUACCUACAUAGAUAGUAUUUUAAACUAAUAUGAAUGUGUUUUAUCAUUGGGCAUAUCUAGACUAGAUAACAAAGAUUAUUUCGCAAAAGCAAUAACUGAAAAGAGAAAAUACUGAAUGAAUGAAAAAAUUUGAUGAUUACAUUGUUUGUUUUUUUCUUGAAUAAUUAAAAAUAAAUUCAUAAACGUAAAUAUAAUGAAAUGAGCAUAUAAACAAAAUUCAAUUUUUCGUAUAGGAAUCAAAAAGAAAGAAUCAAAACAAACAAAUAAUUUAAAAUAUACAUAGCUACAUGGAAAUAGAAGAGGAGAAGGAAAAAUGAAGUAGUUUAGCGCAUUUUAUUAUUAAUUUUUCGUUUUUUGUUUUUAUUUUAUUUUUUUCACUAUUUGAUUUCUUAAAAAUAUAACAGCAAAGAAAAUAAUGUGCACAAAAAUUAUAAAAAAAUUUCAAUAUAAAUUAUAUAUUGAAUUUUUGAUUAUGUUGAAACAGGAUAAAAUUAUUUAAAAUUAUUAUUAAGAAGAAUAAAAGAAAAUUAUUAAAAAUAUUAUUGGCGCUUUUUUUUGAGUGUCAUGGCGCUUUUUAAUAAAUUUUUCUUUUCCUCAUCAAAUAAAAAGAAAUGUUCAAAUACAAAUCAAAACAAUUUUAGUCCUCAUUUUCCGUUUGAUUCAAAACAAAUAAGAAUUUUGUUAUAUCGUGAAUGUGAUUCAAGUGGCAGACGAUUACUUUUUGAUUCAAAUUCUAUUCAAAAAAUUGAAAUAAAUGAAAAACAAAAUUUAAAAUCAAAUUUACAAAGUAACAAAGCAAAAUUAUUGGGGAAUUUAAGUAAACCAACAAUCAAAAACGAAAAUCAUCUAAACGAUGGAAGCUUUAUUGAAAUUGCUAAUGGAAUCGGUUAUAAGCACAUACGUCCGAAUCCUUCAGAUAUAACAAAUAUUGGAGAAAUGGUAUUUGGUGCAUUAGCAAUGUCAUUUCGCAGUCCUUCUCUAAAAGUACAUUGGUUACAAGCACCAUCGCGAUUACUUUGUUCUCAAGUAUUUUUAUCACCAAUACCGGGAACUAAUACUGGUUGUUUAUUAAAUCAAAGAGAUUUACUCAGUAGUUCAUCUACUAUCAAUAGCAAUAAUAAUUUGAGUCCAAAAAGAAAUUUCAAAAAAGAUACUUCUGAAUCAUUUGAUGGAUAUACAGUUAAUUCACUUUCUUCUGCACUUUAUAGUCCAAAUGAAUAUAGUCGUAAUUUAAGUAUGCAAUUAUCAACAUUACCAACUAUAAAAGAUAGUAAUUUAAUACAAAAACGUACUGAUCAAUUGAUAAUAAAUAAAUUGAAUACUCCAUCAGCCGAUGAUGUAACACCAAAUAUAAUUGGUUCAGAUUCUGGAUAUGCAACCAUAAGUGAUUGUUGGACGUCCCGUUCAUCAUGUCAGUAUUCGACUAGAAGUAGUAUGGGUUCUGUUUUAAGUGAUCCAUUAUCAACAUAUGAUAGUUUAAGAAAAUUUAGUUUAGAUUCUGGUAAAUCUAAUUUUGGUGAUUGUGGAGUAAUUAGUAACAGUUUUGUUUCCUCAUCUUUUUCAACAUCUACACAACAAAAUUCAAAAGCCAGUGAUAUGAGUAUAAAUAGAAGAAUUGCACGAAAUAUGCAAACAUCAUUUGAAAAUCGUAGUUCAGUUUGUGAUUUUGUCGGUUUUAUUUGUGAUAAUUAUCAAAUAGCUGCACCAAUAGGCGGAAGUGAAGGAUGCUUUACCAAUAAAAACAAAAUUUCAAAAUCUAAUUCAAAACAAAGUCAUAGUAGUCCUGAAAUAUGCAAAGAUAAUGCGAACUCUUACAAUAGUUUGUAUAAUUUUUUUGGAGUUUCAAGCAAGACAUCUUCAUGCAAGAGCAAUAAAAUUAAUUCAAAGAGAUCGAAACUUGGUUUGGCUGUUUGUAUAUCUAUGACUGAAAACCAUGAAAAGGAAAUGGAAGAAUUUUGUUGCGAGCAUAUAGCUCUAUUAGAAUCAAUGCUUUCUCGUUUAAGAGCAUCUGUCGAAUAUGCGUAUUUAAAUCACAAAAAAUUUUUAAAAAUAAUGUUACAUGCUUGGCAAAAAACGGUUGAAUGGAUUUUGGACUUUUUUACAGUUUCACGUUUAGUAGUUCCAGUUUGGCACAGUUCAACGUUCGAAAGUAAACUUUCUAAACAUACAGCAGAUAAUUUUGUGAAAGAAUUUUCAAGUCUUCUAAGAACUUUAGAUUCUAAAGACACAAAUUUUUUUAUAAGCACAAUGGUUACUGCAGUUUUAACUUAUCAUUUAGGAUGGGUUGCUACCAUUACGUCUAUUUCUUCUCCCUCCACCGAUUUUUCAUCAAAUACAGAAGGAGAAAUACGUAAUGAAAAGCAAAACAAUUUGAAAAACGCAGCGGAGCAAUACCCAUAUAAUCCAUUAUGGGCUCAAAUGUGCGAUUUAUAUGGUGCAAUUGGAAGUCCACCCAGAGUGUCACGCACUAUUAUUUCUGGAAAAGAUAAAAAUUUAAUGGAAAAGUUUUUACACGUUUUGGGUUAUUUUAUAAGAUGUGGAGAAGUUCAUCGCAAUGAUAUAAAGAGAGAAUUAGAAAUUAAUUCGGCAAAUGAAGUUUCCGUUGACAACACAUCAAAAUAUAAAACCAUUGAUGAUAUGAAAAAACCUGCAAAAGCGUUGGGUCUUAGUAGAAAAUCGACUUUUCUAAAAAAUCUCUCAGAAAUUUCGUCAUUUGAAAACACCAAAGUUGAAGAUAAUCAAGAAAGUUUUAAACCAAAUUGUUCAGUUUCUCCACAGUUAAAAUUUGAUAAAAGAAACUUAAGAUUUGACAAUUUAAAUAAUUACGAUAACAAUCCUUUUAAAAAAUCUGAAUCACAAGAAAAAAUUAAGGUGACAGUUACAACACCUGAAGAUAUUGAGAUGUCUUUAGAUGAUGAAAGUUUUUCCACUUAUUCAAGUAAUUCAAAUAUAACUCAAGACGGAGAAGCUUUAGAAGCUAUAGAAAUUCAAAAUUCGUGUGAAUGUGAAUGGAGUGUAAUCAAUAACUUAGAAACUUCUACAAUAGGAAAACUUAGUUUUUGGAAAUUGGAACCAGAAAUCAAAGAAGGUAUUAGUUGUAUUGAUGUAUCAAAAUUACAACAAACUAUUAAAAUUAACGAUGGUUUUUAUGAAGUGACAAAUUCCAAAAGUGUAACUACAAAAUCAGAAUAUUAUGAAAAUAUUAGUUUAGAAAAUUCAAAGUCUGCUACUAGACCUAUGGGACCUAUAGAUGAACAUAUAUAUUUAGAGCAACAAAAACACCUAGAAGUUUCGAAAGAAUUUAUUAAAAAUUUUAAUUCAGAAAAUUUCAAACAGAAUGAAAAAGAAAUUGUUCAUCAAGAGAAAACUGAGGGUGUUCUUUUUGUACUAGGGGAAGAUGACCAUCUCGUAAAUAUUAAAAAGAGCAAUGAAAAUAUUGCAAUUGAAGAACAUAGACCAAAGAAUAAACCUACAGCGGGUAAUUACAGUAAAAAACACUCUGGUGUAAAAUUUAACAUAGAAGAAUAUUCGGAAAGUGUUAACAAAUUAUUAAAUAAACAAAUUGAUUUUCAAUCUAAAAUUGUGAAAAUUGAAAAACCUUUAAAUAAUGAUUUUUGGACAAGGUGUACAUGUGAUAGUAACAAUCAUACACUAAGUACAAGCUCAACUUUUGAUCUCAAUAAGAAUAAAUCACAAAAUAAUAUUAAAAAUCAAAAACAAUCCUCGAAUGCUUGUGAAUUUUGUAAAACAAAUAUUGGGGAAACAGCCAAAACUAAUGAUAAAAAUAUACAUGUAUCAUAUGAUGAAAGGAAAGGUUCAAAUAUGAAAAAUAAAUCCGGAGGGUCUCGAAAAAAUUCAGGGAAUUCACCUGUAAAAAAAAUUGAACUUCAAGAUGACAAUAUAAGUGACCUUCCUAUAAGCAGUCGUGGACUACAUUUAAAAAAAAUGUUUCAUAGUUUAAAAGAAAAGAGCAGAAAACUAGAAAAUUUUAAUUUCAAAAUCUUACCUAUGCCUCGAAUUGAAAAUUGUAAUGAAAAAUCAAAUUUAAAUUUUAAUCAAGCGAAUAAAAAUAAAAAUUCGAAAACUGAUUUUAUUUCGUCAUUGUUUGUCGGAGUAACAGAUCGCUACAUUCCUGAUAUGGUGUUACAAGGUACUCUAUCGUCUUUCGAUUCAUGGGAAACUAAUAUUAAAAAUGAUUUAGUUAUUGCAUCACACUGUGCAUCAUUAACAACGCAACCAACUGAAAAUAUCGCAAUAAUAGCUGAUAUGGAUAAAUGGGAAAUAAAAAUAUUAUCAUCACAAAAUUAUAAUUUAAGUUCCAAAAAUGGUUCAGUUGGAAUGUCACAAUUAGUUUCUCAAUUGUUGGAAGGCUUUUUAAUUUUGAGUAAUUCUGGAAUUUCUUCGUUUGAAUGUUUCACAUAUUUGGAAUCUAAAUUAAAAGAAAUAUAUUUACAAUCCGAAGCAUUGGCAGAAUUUUUAUUAACAAACGAAUUUUGUUCUUUAAAUUCAGUUACUACGGCAUUAAAUUUAUCAGAAAAUGAUGUUCCUUUAUUAUUAGCUAUUGCAUCUAUACAUUCUCCACAGGUAACAAAACGAUAUGGAAUUAGUUUUGGAUGACCACGAAUCAAAUUUUUAGUUUUUAAUUUAGAUAUUAAGAAUUUUGAAAAUUAUACACUAUUUCUGUAUAAUUUUAUAAAGAUGUAAAAAAAAAAUAUUUUUCUAAAACAAACAACAUCAAUUCUGAUUAUAAAAUAAUUAUUAAAGUUAGGCUAAAUUUAAUCAUUCCUUUUAUAUAAAAAUUUCUAAAAAAAAAAACGAAAAAAAAAACCAAAAAUGAUUUACAAAAAAAAAAUAAAAUCAACCAAUUCUGUGGUGGAGUUAGGAAUCUGAGAAAGUAAAAAAAAAAAAUGUAUUAACAAUAUUAGAAUUAAAUAUUUUGUGAUAAUUAUUUUUUUUUUUUUUUAAAUUAAAUCGAACUGUAAUAUUAAGCAAUAAAAAUUUGCAAUGUUUGUAAAUGAAAAUGCUCUCUUGAUUUAUUUAUUUAAAUUGAAGAUAAUAUGAGAUUUGUAUACUUUAAUUUAUAAAUUUAUAAUUUCGAAAUAUGUAAUAUGUGUAUUAAAUAUUUGUGGCAUACAUAUUAUAUAUGUACA